UCAGGACCUGCCCGGGGCGCGGGGUCGCCGGAAGCCAAGUGGGAGCCCUCCUCGGGUUGCUUUCCAUCGAUUCUCAUCUGUGACCCUACCCCGGCUGCUCUUCCCAGCACAACUCCGGUGCAAAGGCUUGGCUCAUGCUCGACAGCCAGGAGAGAAAAAAACCUGAGGGACAAUGGAUGCAAAAGCCCGCAAUUGUUUGCUUCAACAUAGAGAAGCUCUGGAAAAGGACAUCAAAACCUCCUACAUCAUGGAUCACAUGAUCAGUAACGGCGUCUUAACUGUCGUAGAGGAAGAAAAGGUCAAAAGUCAGGCCACUCAAUAUCAACGAGCUGCUGCUUUAAUUAAAAUGAUACUUAAUAAAGACAACUGCGCCUACAUUUCAUUCUACAACGCCCUACUACAUGAGGGCUACAAAGACCUCGCUGGGCUUCUGCAUAGCGGUCUUCCUCUUGUGUCCUCUUCCAGUGGCAAGGACACAGACGGUGGAAUAACUUCCUUUGUAAGGACCGUGCUGUGUGAAGGUGGAGUACCACAGAGGCCAGUUGUUUUUGUUACUAGAAAGAAGCUGGUCAAUGCGAUUCAGCAGAAGCUCUGGAAAUUGAAUGGAGAGCCAGGGUGGGUCACCAUAUAUGGAAUGGCAGGCUGUGGCAAGUCUGUAUUAGCUGCAGAAGCUGUUCGAGAUCAUUCGCUCUUAGAAGGUUGUUUUUCAGGGGGUGUACACUGGGUUUCCAUUGGAAAACAAGACAAAUCUGGGCUUCUAAUGAAACUGCAGAAUCUUUGCACGAGGUUGGAUCAAGAAGAGAGUUUCUCUCAGAGGCUUCCACUUAAUAUUGAGGAGGCCAAAGACCGUCUCCGGGUUCUGAUGCUGCGCAAACAUCCAAGGUCUCUGCUGAUCUUGGAUGAUGUUUGGGAUCCAUGGGUGUUAAAAGCUUUUGACAAUCAGUGUCAGAUUCUUCUUACAACCAGAGAUAAGAGUGUUACAGAUUCAGUAAUGGGUCCUAAGCAUGUUGUCCCUGUGGAGAGUGGUCUAGGGAAAGAGAAGGGACUUGAGAUCUUGUCACUUUUUGUUAACAUGAAGAAAGAAGACUUGCCAGUGGAGGCUCACAGUAUUAUAAAGGAAUGCAAAGGUUCUCCUCUCGUAGUGUCUUUAAUUGGUGCGCUUUUACGUGAUUUUCCCAAUCGCUGGGCAUACUACCUCAGACAGCUUCAGAAUAAGCAGUUUAAGAGAAUAAGGAAAUCUUCAUCUUAUGAUUAUGAGGCUCUGGAUGAAGCCAUGUCUAUAAGUGUUGAAAUGCUCAGAGAAGACAUCAAAGACUAUUACACAGAUCUUUCCAUCCUUCAGAAGGAUGUCAAGGUACCUACAAAGGUGCUAUGUGUUCUCUGGGACUUGGAGACUGAAGAAGUUGAAGACAUUCUGCAGGAGUUCGUUAAUAAGUCUCUCUUAUUCUGUAAUCGGAAUGGAAAGUCAUUUUGUUAUUAUUUACAUGAUCUUCAAGUAGAUUUUCUUACAGAGAAGAAUCGAAGUCAACUUCAGGAUCUGCACAGGAAGAUGGUCACUCAGUUUCAGAGGUAUUACCAGCCGCAUACGCUAUCUCCAGAUCAGGAGGACUGCAUGUAUUGGUACAACUUCCUAGCCUAUCACAUGGCCAGUGCCAAUAUGCACAAAGAACUUUGUGCAUUAAUGUUUUCCCUGGAUUGGAUCAAAGCAAAAACAGAACUUGUCGGCCCUGCUCAUCUGAUUCAUGAGUUUGUGGAAUAUAGGCAUAUAUUGGAUGAAAAGGAUUGUGCAGUCUGUGAGAAUUUUCAAGAGUUUUUAUCUUUAAAUGGACACCUUCUUGGACGACAGCCAUUUCCUAAUAUUGUACAGCUGGGCCUCUGUGAACCAGAAACUUCCGAAGUUUAUCAACAAGCAAAGCUGCAGGCCAAGCAGGAGGUGGAUACUGGGCGGCUUUACCUGGAAUGGAUAAACAAAAAAACUAUCAAGAAUCUGUCCCGCUUAGUUGUCCGCCCCCACACAGAUGCUGUUUACCACGCAUGUUUUUCUCAGGAUGGUCAGAGAAUAGCUUCUUGUGGAGCUGAUAAAACCUUACAGGUGUUCAAGGCCGAGACAGGAGAGAAGCUUCUUGACAUCAAAGCUCACGAAGACGAGGUGCUGUGCUGCGCAUUCUCUUCAGAUGACAGUUACAUAGCAACCUGCUCAGUGGAUAGGAAAGUUAAGGUUUGGGAUUCUGCGACUGGGAAGCUAGUGCACACCUACGACGAGCACUCGGAGCAAGUCAAUUGCUGCCAUUUCACCAACAAGAACAAUCACCUUCUGGCCACCGGCUCCAAUGACUGCUUCCUCAAGCUCUGGGAUUUGAAUCAAAAAGAAUGUCGAAACACCAUGUUUGGUCACACGAACUCAGUCAGCCACUGCAGGUUCUCACCAGACGAUGAGCUCUUGGCGAGUUGCUCGGCUGAUGGGACUUUAAAGCUUUGGGAUGUGAGAUCAGCAAACGAGAGGAAAAGCAUUAAUGUGAAGCGCUUCUUCCUGAGUUCUGAAGACCCUCCAGAGGAUGUGGAGGUGAUGGUCAAAUGUUGUUCCUGGUCUGCAGAUGGUGACAAAAUAAUAGUGGCAGCAAAAAACAAAGUCCUCCUUUUUGAUAUUCAUACUAGUGGCCUUUUGGCAGAGAUCCAUACAGGUCAUCACAGCACCAUCCAGUACUGCGACUUCUCCCCCUGUGACCAUUUGGCAGUGAUUGCCCUGUCUCAGUUCUGUGUGGAGUUGUGGAACAUAGACUCCCGCAUAAAGGUGGCUGACUGCAGAGGACAUUUAAGUUGGGUUCAUGGUGUGAUGUUUUCUCCUGAUGGCUCGUCAUUUUUGACAGCUUCUGAUGACCAAACAAUAAGGGUCUGGGAGACAAAAAAGGUAUGCAAGAACUCUGCCAUCGUGCUCAAGCAGGAGAUAGAUGUCGUGUUUCAAGAAAACGAAAUGAUGGUCCUUGCAGUUGACAACAUAAGAGGUCUACAACUCAUUGCUGGGAACACUGGCCAGACUGACUACCUGCCUGAAGCGCAAGCGAGCUGCUGCUGCCUCAGCCCACACCUUGAGUAUGUUGCAUUCGGCGACGAGGAUGGAGCCAUUAAGAUUAUCGAACUCCCAAACAACAGAGUUUUCAGUUCUGGGAUUGGGCACAAGAAAGCUGUACGACACAUCCAGUUCACAGCUGAUGGGAAGACACUGAUUUCAAGUUCUGAAGAUUCUGUGAUUCAGGUAUGGAAUUGGCAGACAGAGGACUAUGUAUUUUUGCAAGCCCAUCAGGAAACAGUAAAGGACUUCAGGCUCCUGAAAGAUUCAAGAUUGCUUUCUUGGUCAUUUGAUGGAACAGUGAAGGUGUGGAAUGUCAUCACUGGAAGAAUAGAAAGAGACUUUACUUGUCAUCAGGGCACAGUGCUUUCCUGUGCUAUCUCUUCUGAUGCCACCAAGUUUUCAUCUACUUCUGCUGAUAAGACUGCCAAGAUCUGGAGUUUUGAACGCCUUUCCCCUCUUCACGAGCUGACGGGCCAUAAUGGCUGUGUCCGCUGCUCUGCCUUUUCGAUGGAUGGCAUCCUGUUGGCAACUGGAGAUGACAAUGGAGAAAUCAGGAUAUGGAAUGUCUCAGAUGGGCAGCUUCUUCAUUUGUGUGCUCCGAUUUCAGUAGAAGAAGGAACUGCUACCCACGGAGGCUGGGUGACUGAUGUUUGCUUCUCUCCUGACAGUAAGAUGCUUGUCUCUGCUGGAGGAUAUCUUAAGUGGUGGAAUGUUGUCACUGGGGAAUCCUCACAGACCUUCUACACAAAUGGAACAAACCUCAAGAAAAUACAUGUGUCCCCUGACUUCAGAACAUACGUAACUGUUGACAAUCUUGGUAUUUUAUACAUUUUACAGGUUUUAGAGUAAAAUGGCUAAGUAUUAAUGUAGUUUAGCUCCUUAAGUUUGAAUUGGAAAAAAAAUUUCAACUCUUGUACAUGGACUUUUUAUAAAGCUGUGAAUUGUACAGCAGUAUUGCAGACAUUACAAAAGUGUUUACAGCUGGAUCAAUAAUGUGUAUAGCUGGGUGAAUCAUAGUAUAUCUCCACAAAUGAACACACUUUUACUCUAUUUUUUAAAAAAUAUAGUCAUUAUUGUUAUUAACAAUUUGCCCUUAACGUGCAAAUGAAAUGUAAAUAUGUACCUUGUUAUGCUACUGGUAAACUUCCAUGAUGCUUUCAAAUUGGUUGGCAAAAUUAAUGAGAAUAAUUUGAAGGAGUUCUGUGUUGAUGCUGUCAUUAUGCAGGCUAUGCCGCAAGGUAAAACAGUUGGUUUUUUGGGAGGCAGAGGCAGGCGGAUUUCUGAG